UUCAUUUACAGUAUGGCUCAGAUUAUCGAUGGCAAAGCAAUUGCAGCUGACAUUCGUGCCGAAAUCCGUAAAGAUGUUGAAGCGUUCACGGCCAGUUAUCGUAAACCACACCUGACGGCUAUCAUUGUGGGCGAGGAUCAGGCCAGUGAAACCUAUGUCCGUAUGAAAAUGAACGCGGCCAAAGAUGUUGGCAUUACUAGUGAGACGAAGCGAUUACCGGCCACUACCAGUGAACAAGAACUUCUCGAUUUGAUCGAUCAAUUGAAUAAAGAUAAAAGCGUUGAUGGCAUUUUGGUCCAGCUACCCGUACCCGAUCACAUGAAUGAACGUAAUAUCUGUAAUGCUGUCAUUUGUGAAAAGGAUGUUGAUGGCUUUAAUGUCUUCAAUGUGGGUCGCAUGUGUUUGGAUAUGAAAUCCAUGAUUCCGGCCACACCAUUGGGUGUUAUUGAAUUGUUGAAACGUACCGAUAUUGAUACGUUCGGUAAGAAUGCCGUCGUUGUGGGUCGUUCGAAAAAUGUUAGCAUGCCCAUUGCUAUGCUGAUGCAUGCCGAUGGUCGCAAUGAGACAAAUGCCAUGGAUGCCACCGUGACUAUAUGUCAUCGUUUUACACCGCCCAAAGAGUUGGCCAAAUACUGUUCGAUGGCUGAUAUUAUUAUAACGGCUACUGGUGUGCCGGGUUUGAUUACCAAAGAAAUGGUUAAACCGGGUGCCUGUGUCAUUGAUGUGGGUAUAACACGUAUCACAGAUCCAAAUACUGGCAAAACCAAACUUGUGGGUGAUGUGGAUUAUGAAGAGGUACGACAAGUUGCCGGUUAUAUAACGCCUGUGCCCGGCGGUGUUGGACCCAUGACCGUUGCCAUGUUAAUGCACAAUACCUUUACGGCUGCCAAAAAUUUGGCUGAAAUCAAUAAUAGUUAGU